CGUACUCUUCAAUCUAGCUGUCGCGAGCAUUAAAAAAGCAGCAGCAAAAAGCCAAGAGCCGUGGAAAAGGGCAGAUUGACGCAGGAUUUACGCAUUUUGCACUCGCACUAGCCUGAUGUGUGUUAUUGCUCCCCUGUUUCGCUGAUUAUGUGCCCGAUCCAGUGCAAUAGCGGUACAGGUUGUGGAGACUUGUGAGCAAAAGCUGUAAGAAAAAACGCAAAUCGAAAAACGGCAGCCAGCAAAAUUAGCGUGAGUGUGGCAUAGUCGCGACAGCCCCGAGCCAGAGUGGGAGCGAGCGGUGAAUGUGUGUGAGUGCGUGUCGUCUGCAUGUACCAGCAAGUAGGUGUAUGCGUGUGUUUUUUUGUUAGUGCGUUGCUCUUCGUCCGGAUGUCGUCGUCGCCGUCGUCGUACGCCAGGAAUGUGCGUUGAUGUUCACCGUCGCCCGAGUUCUAUUGUGGUGAAAAAUCGUCGCAGCAAAACGUGUCCAACAGCAGCACUUGUGUGUAGCACUGCUGCUGCUCGUGGGAUUGCGACGAAAGUUGUUGCACUCGAAACCACCACCACCAUCACCACCAGCACCGUCGUCCGUGCGGGGAAAGGUGUAAAUUGGGCUUUGGAAAACCGCCAGGGCCAGAAAGUGCAUCCCCGUUUGCCUGCCUCCCCUCCAGCGCGUGUGUGAGUUUGUGUCUUUCGCUGUGUUGUGCGUGGUAACCGUGCGUGAGUGUUUGUCACCUUCGCGCAUCCUUUGAUCGGAAGGGCAGGCGGAGCCGCAUGUGAACGCGAAUACACGGGAGUGUAUCUGUGUGUAUGUGUUUGUGCGUGUUUGUUGGAAGUAGCGCGCAGUGUUGCAUUUUGUGGUGUUUAUAGCUAGAGUGGUAAAAGGAUUUUCCAUUGGCACCUUCGAGCGCUGUUUCUAUUAGCAGCCAUUGCGUAUACGUUUGUGUGUGUGUGUGUCUGUUUGUGAGUGUGUUGGCAAGUGUUGGUAUGAGUCGUGUGUAGUAAGCGCAGGUCGCCAAACGGCACGAAAUAGUAGCUAAAACGUGAAAAAUAAACCGUCCAACUAAAAUAAAAAGGCAGCGAGUGUAGUGAAAAUCGUGUCCCCCAUCCCAUCGAAUUAACGUGGUGUGUUUUUCUUUUGACCGGAAAAAGUGUGUCCGGAUAGAAUCAAUCCCCUAGUAAUACUGCUGAACACAGCUGAAGAUAGGAGAAAGAACGCAUCGAAAAAUGUCGCUCAAACUGCAGAACAUCAAAGGUAGCGGCGGCGGUAGCGGUGGCAACCGGAGGAAACUGUUCGCCUCAUCAACGGCGACGGCCGCGACCCUCCUGCUGGUGGCGCUGCUGGUCGCGAUCCCGUGGACGUCGGCGGCCGCAGUCGAGAAUGAUCAGAACUCUAAUAAUCGGAACCUAAACCUCGACAGUAGUUCGUCCUUCGGUGCGGCACCAUCGAACCAAAAUGAUAUCUACAUUGACGACGAAGGUCUGGAAGGUUCUGGAAGCCGCGGUGAAGUGCGUGACGAUCUAGAGAAGGAGGACGACGAAGCAUCCGGCUCCGGGUUCGGAGAUGAUGACGAAGAUUCCACCUCGAGUCGAUCGUCGCUAUCGUCUUCGUCGUCGUCGGGCGGCAAUCUAAACGUUCUGCGCGGUGGCAGCGAUAACCUGCCCGGUUCAGGUGAUCAUGAUGAUAAUGAUCUCUACACAGACACCAACCUACCCACCGUUGAUCCAUCGACCACCGACGACGAAGAUAUGCCCAUUGGCAAGGAUAAUAGCAAAUCAUCAUCCUCUUCGUCGUCUUCGGGAUCCUCGUCUUCUGGCGGCGUUUACUCCCGAGGUGGGGAAAUCAUUGAAACGGGAGAGAACGAUCUCGACCUCGGUGGAUUGCCCCGGCAUCACGUUACGCCAACGGAGGGCAGCAUCAACCAUCACGAUAACACUCAGUACGGUGCGGGCAGUGGCGUUUUGAUAAUGAAUGCCAAGAACGAUGACCGAACGGCUAGCUUCUUUGCACAGCCUGGCAUUUUGGCAGCUGUGAUCGGAGGGGCAGUCGUCGGUUUGUUGUGCGCCAUACUGGUGGUAAUGUUUAUCGUUUACCGUAUGAGAAAAAAGGACGAGGGCUCGUACGCGCUGGACGAACCAAAGCGAUCGCCGACGGCCAACACCUACGCCAAGAACGUGAACAACAGGGAAUUCUACGCCUGAGAUUACUCGAUAGACUCGAGUGACGGUGAUUUUUAAAAACAGCCAUCCUUUCUCUGUCGCAGUAACAUCAUCCACAGCAGAAGAAACAAACUACUAUGCAAUCAAUGGUCUACAGACAUUGGCACGCAGAGUAGAAGGAGGGCUAUAGAAAACGCCGGACAGCGCGAGAAAACAUACACUUCUUUAGUAUAAGGAACAGAGCGAAACGAACGAAAGUGAGGAGCAGAAGAAAGCCGCGCCUACGAAUGUAUGCCGCAGGAUGUAAGGUCAUAUUUGUAGUAAGUACACUGGAACCGCUAAUAAGAAGAGAGUAAGGUGCGUGUGUGUGUCUCACAAACGAGUAGAUCGUUGCAGAAAAAAGAACGCUAAUUAGAAGGAAAGAAGGAGGUGGAAACAAGGUGCGAAGGAAGCCGGCAAAAGGGAUUGAUUGUUUGAUGGAGAACAUAAUGCGUGUAGGCGCGUUCGCACAAGCCUACAUGCACUGCUCUAGGAAUUCGUUUUGUUUUCGGUAACCGGGUGUCCACCCUCCAAACAAGCUGCUGGUGUGUGGUUCGAGCGAUGGCCGAGGAGUUGAUCUAAGGUCUAAGGUAUGAUUUCAUAAUUGGAAGCAUUUUGAUCAAAAGAUGAGUGGUUGAUCCAUUCUAUGUUAGUUUAGUUCCGUUCCAAUUGGUCCAGUACGGUAGGUUUGUGCGACAGGCGCGUGUAUGCAUGCAAGUUUCGUUUUAAAAUUUGAUCUUUGUUUUAAUAUGUUGGCCAGGUAAGGCUGCAAACAAGUCUCUCGAAUAAGUGGAUGGAUGAAGGUAGCUAAUAUGGGGGUUGUGUGUUGUGUUGUGCUGUGCAUACAGCAGCAACAUUAUGGGUAUUUGUUGUCCUUGAAUUGAACCAUCUAUCUACAGGAUGUUCCGGUUCUGCUGACAAUAUUCAUUUUUCAUACGCAGCUAUAGCGAACAACAUUGCAGGCAGCUGACAUUGCAAGCUAUUAUUAUGGAGCUGUCUCCGAUUAGUUGAUCGUGGGAUGUUUUUUUUUUAAAUAUGUGUCUGUGUACUUUGUUUGGUAAAACAAUUGAUUUCCUUUUUGGCGCAAGUCGGCUAUCGUAAGCCUCUCGCCAGGCUAUGUACUCCCCCAUAUUAAACCACUCUUCUAGUUUGCCAUUUAUAAACAAAUGUACGAAAAACGUGUAACCUACACUACAAUGGGACUCUUGGGACUCUUGUUCGAUAAGCUAUAUAAUCGGAAAUUUCGGAUAACACAAACCUGAACAUGAUAUAUAAUUCAGAUAUAUUUAAGCAAAAAGUAAAAGCAUGGGUCAAGCGGUGGUGCAAACACAUAAGGGAAAAUGCGUACAGCAAGCGAGGGCAGAAUGCAGGCUCUGUAGUUUGUAAGAAAGGAUAGAUGUUACAUAUUUAUAAAGGUAAUAAGUGCAACAGAUGAUGGAAAGGAAAGGGAACGAAAACGUUGCCACACCGGUUUGGUUGUCCCGGUAUCGAUGGUUAGAUUAGCAAAUCAAAUCCUGCGGUCCUGCUGGACACUCUAGCGGUGGAUGGAAGCGCGCGCAGCAUAAGCUUUCUCGUAACUUCGUACGUAUCCUGUGUGUAUAUGUGCGCGCGUGCGCGCGCUCGCUGUUCGAUAAAAGCAUAAUUAAUUGAACUUCUCUUUGUGUGUGUGUCUCUCUCUGUGCAAGUAUGUAUGUUGAAGACGCGCGGUACAUGGAGAAGGGAAAUAUGGUGGCAAACAAAGGGCAAAACCGCAACAACCAGCAGUAAAAAAAGCAAACACAGAAGAAAAAAUCCGAUGUUGAUGUUGCUAGUUAAUGUGGGAGUUUCAGUUCCAUUCGGUUAGACGAGUGAGCAGCAGCAGAGUUAGAAAGAAAUUAACGAAAUGAAACGAAACAGCUACGGGGUGGCGUACGCGUACCACCACCCAGCCGUGCAAACGCUGGACAGGAAAUGUAAUGGCAAUACUUUGUUGUGAAAGUAUAUAUAAAACAAAUGGAGAGUAAGAAACAAUUGGCAAUGGAGGUAGAAUGCAAUGGAAAAUCCGGCAAAAGCAUGCCGCCACUAUGAUAAUUUAUAAUGUUGAUUUUUUACACACAUCCUGUAUUUUACUCCCCCCUACGUUUCCAAACGCUUCAAUUCAAUCAAAACACAUAAAUUGUACUCAUAAUAAUCCCUAAGGUGUAGCGCGCACCUGUUGUGUGUAUGGCAGGCCGGGAUGGAAGCGGUAGCGCGGGCGAGAGUGAGAGAAAAACGCCGGCAAAUGUAGUAGAUUCUGUCCCUGUAACACAAUACAACAGCUAUAGAAGGAUUUGUAAGGAAAAGGUGGCCAAUCUAGCUAGUGGAGGAGAUGUAAGUGCGGAAAAUAUACCCAAAAGUAACAUAGACUCACACUCCCAUAUGUAUUUGCCAUAGAUAAGCGUAUCCAGUUGAGGCUUUUGUUGAUCGUAGGGACGAUUGUUGUCGAUAGUAAAUUGAUUUCCCAUUGGCAUGGGCAUGCUAGGGAGAUAACUUGUCAGCAGAUAAUUGUCCAGAUGGCUCGCUUGCCCAGCCUUUAAAUGAUGAACCACAAUGCAGUCGACAGUUUUAGUUUUGUUAAUCGGCCUUUUACUGUUUCCCUGUCGCAUUUUGCCAGAACUAUGCGUAAAGGACUUGAACUCUGGGCUCAUUUACUUUCCCCCGGGCUUCUGGGGGAAAAUGCUUUGUUCGGUUUAUGUUGUAUUGAUCUGAAUAUCCCGUCCCACUGCUGACAGUAUGCCGAAUAUAUACAUUGGCUAGAUAUUCAUUGCUGCAAUGAAUGUUGAAUGACCAAGAUUGGACUCGUUGGCGAAGAAUAUAGCAAGAACCAGUAGUGUUGUAUCCACGGUCAUCCGGAACUCAUCAUUCGUCUGAACCGAAAUAUCAUCUUGCGUAUAUCAAGAUCUCUGGACCAUCGAUGAUAGAUAUUGUUUGAAAUAAUAGAUGUUUCGUGAACGAAUAGAGAUGAUGCGUACGCGAGGGCUUUGAAUUAACUCCAACGCCGUUGAUGGUGGGGCUGUAUGUUGUUGUUGUUCUCAUCAUGCUGAUCAGGACAGCAGCCUAUGGCAAAGGACAAGAAAGGUCAGCGGCUCAUCAACAAGGAGACGACAGUAAAUAUAUCAUUUGAAUAGCUCACAAAACACACUAUGGCAGAAAUGGCAGAAGUACGAGAAGAACUUAUACUAAGCUUUGUAAAUGAAGAACAACUAACGAGAACUAUAAGUUGAAACUACUGACAACUAACCUAUCGUGAAAGAAUGCAACAAGGAUUUUGAACAUCAUUUAACAGUCAAUAGCAAAACUGGCAUCAGUGCAGAGAAACAAGCAAAACAAAUAGAGAAGAAAACGAUCAUAAACAAUUCCAGAGUAACAGCGCGCUACAACAAGGAAAGCAAACGAGUAAACGAACUAAAAAGUCUUAUUAUAAAAAUUCAAUAAUCAUACGAUAUGAUAGUAAUAUGGGAGAAAGAUUGCCUAACAAGAGGCACAAACACUCAUAAAGCAUAAACGGCUUUUUCCGGAACUGUAAGGAACCAUCCACCUCAUGCUUUAAGCAACGCGAAACAAUGGCGCAACCAUUCAAAGACAAGACCACAGCACAGCACUGGUACACAAAUGUAAUAAUCUCCACUUCACAAAUCGCCUGACACAAAUCAUACAUUGGCAAAGCUCUUCGCGAUAUGUUUUAGUCUUUCCCUGUCCAAAUGCAUCUGGUCUGGUCUGACUAUCUUUUUCGCGCGAAAACGCUGAUUUUCAAACGCUGAUUCUAUACUUAAGAAUAAUCCCAGUGUUGAGACGCAUACUUGAGGCUCACGUUGCUUGUUGACGAUUUGGCGGAGUCAGCAUCAACAGCUGAAUAGCUGCUCUUGUAUCGAUUUUGGAAUGCUUUGGGAUAGGUUUUAGCACACACCAGGCCUAACGUUAGGUGGGUUUCGAAUUGCAAACAUGGAAAUGGUAACCCCUUUGCAUAGGCGCUUCUGACUGAAGAAUUAGAACGAGAAAGUGGAAUGCGUAAUAGAUUUAUAGAGAGAAACAAAUAAUAAUUAUGGGAUGUUAGAAACUGGGAUUUAAACGCUUAAGCUAGCGCUACUCUUCCACUAUUUUAUGUAUCUUUAUCGGUUUAAGUGAAAACCAUACUGAAUCAAACAUAUAUACAUAUUUAAUCUAAAGCGUUUACUUUAUUUUACUCUGUUAGUAACACUCUAAUUUUGUGCCAUUGGUGGCGAGCAAUUGCCGUCACCGUGUUGCGCGUUUCCUUUGCAAUGGUUUUACAUCCUCUUUUCCACCUUCUGUUUCUUGCUCAAAUCAUCCCCUUCCCCCUCUACUCUCAGUACAAUGCUUUCGUGCGCGCGUGUGUGUGCGAGAUGAUCACAAUAUUCAUGCAUAAUCACAUUCUUGGAAACGUUGGUCUUUAAUCAGCUUGAUACAAUCAUUACCCAAUUUUAUCAUACAAACGAGCCAUAGGCGAUGCAGAGUAGAAGGGGGAGAAAAACUAUCCAGACAAACAAAAACGCAUUUAUAAACCAACCAGAGAAGCAACAGGUAGAGACAUUCCGAUGGAAAGCCGAUUGAUCAAUUCAAAAUUAUUCUUAGCACAGUCCAGUAACGGUUUAGAAUGAGUUUCGUGCUGAUGGCAGUUAUGUUUUGUUGUGACCAUUAUGUUACGUUCCGACCAUGGUCAAGGGUGGGGCAAAGCAAAUGCAGCAUAAAUGCGCAACAAAUUACAUAUGGGAGGGCCGGAAAUAAAUACAAUCCCACUUUUUGUCAGAUAUACGUAGUCAAAUUCGCACACCAGAGAACUCUAUAUAUUCGGCGCAGCAUAACCAGGCCAAAAAUUCGGAAAGCAAACACAACAAAUCACCUAAACAAACUUCGAAAUAUACUACAAGGCGCAGAACAGCAUCAGUAUAAGCAGCGAGCGAAAUACUGAACCAUCAUCGUCUCUCAUUACAGUAAAAACAGAAACGAUAGACGGAUGGGAUAAUAAAAGGAAAAGUAAAUUUAAUAUACAAACACUACAAAAAAAAGAGGAAUAAACACACAUGGAGCGCAUUCAUGAGAAAGCAUUGUAAAUAAAAGAAUCUUUACAGUGUAAUAAAAACAAUACAACAAGUGGUUUAUGCUCGAA